UAAAGGAGGAUAUGUUUGAAAAAGAAACACUGAUUUGAGUAGUCAUAAAGUAACUGUAUACCAACGCAUAGCGUCAUGGAAGUUUUAAUUCACUAUGAAAUUUAAUUCGUUUUAAUCCAAAAUAAUCGCGAAUGCAUCAGUUAAUUAUGGACCUGAAGCAUAUGUUUAUGAUUUUUUAAAUAUGGAUAUCAGAUUCUAACAUAAAUAUUAUAUAGAAUACGUAAAGUCACAACAGGAUAUAAAAGCAUUAAAUAUCUAUAGAAAACAAAACCAAAUUGAAGUCAAUAUGUUGUAUGUUAGAAAGUAAGCAUUUGAAAAGUUUUGUUCGACUUCAAUUGGAAAAUAAAUAUUCAAGGAGUUAAAAAAAAUGAGUACCAGUUCUUUGAAACAUUUUCCGGAUAUUGAAGCUGACCCUUAUAAUGGUGCACAUUAUUUGAGAUGGAGUAAAACUGCGCGAAGUUUACCAUCAGGUUCAAAGAGCAGACUUACAACAUCGUACAGUCGGGAACUUUCUUUAUUGGAUGACGAUGUGACGACAAAUAUUCCUUACCGGUUGCCAAGAAUCUCCCAUAGAGAUGAUUUCAAAUCGGAAGAUGACGAUGAUAAAAUAUUCAGCCGCUUUGGAUAUGAACCUUCAUUGAGAGUUCCCGAACUAGUGCCAGUAGUACGUAUGUUGAACCCUCCACAGACGUAUUCUCAACAAGAGCGACAGGUCAACUUGGCUGUACCAAAAUUCCAGAACGCCGCCAUUACACCAACAGUCAGACAACUUCAAUGGCAUCCUGUCAAAGAUAGCAAUAUGGAAGAUGUACAAGUCUAUAAAUCAAUGAUAGGUAAUCAGCGACAAAGGUCCAAUGGGGACUACUUCCGACCAGAGCCGUCACCAUCCCCCAUCAGCAGGACGGACUCGCCUACAAAAUCUAUUAAAAGUAUUCACUGGAUGUUGGGUAGUGCUAAACAUCCGAUGUUUGACAACAAGGGAAGAACACGGAAUCAAGGACCCUUUUCAAGAGAAUUUACAGUGACUUGCAUUGCACCAACAAAUUGGAUGAAAAUGAAAUGGGGAAGAUCGCGGACUAUUAUUCACUGAUCAAAAUUGUUGGAUAAACAGUAUUGGAUACUAUUAUUGCCUAACUGUGAAUAGUUUGAGCAAUUUUUGUAACUGUUCAACGAGAGUAUCAGGGACAUUGCAGUCGUUGAUUCAAUUAAACGGAUUCUCAUUCAUCAACAAAAUAAGGAAAUAAAUCGUUCAAUGCAAAUGGAGAAAUGACACAUAUUGCAGACCAGCGUAUGAAAUAAGCAGGAUUUGAUGUGUGUUCUAUAAUCAAAGCCUCUUUCGGGAGCAUUUAAUUCUAAAUAUCACAGUAUACAUUUGACAUUGUUUUGAGUGGGGUAAAGUUUACUCUUUACUCUAGGUAUCUAUUGUGCUUUGAAUUUGACUGUCAAAGCAAACGUUUAUUUUUGCAUAUUAUGCUGUUUCUUUCCCAAACAUUAUCUCAAGAUGCAUCCACGUUUAACAGUUAAAAAUGUCUUGCUAUAUUGAACUGGCAAAUUGGCAGUUGGAAGCUGAUUUCAAAUUAUUCCUAUUCAAUUUUGACUACUGCUAAAUUUUUCGUAUUGAAGUAAUAAUGUAAACUAGUAAUGGACGAAUUUGAUUUUGGAGUAAAAGCGAGGAAGGCAAACAUGAAAAAAACAUAUGUGGAAACGUAUGCCUAGAAGACUUAGUUUUUAGAUUUUAUAUAAAGGAUGAAUAUAUUUUGAAAUUGAAAAUCGAAUACAGUUUUCUGGGUUUUUUUCCGGCGUUCAUUUUGAACAGAAAAAUAUAUCCUGUGAUGACAUUUCAACUUGAAGUUUUGAACAUAAAAAAUCAAAUACUCCAACACCCAUUUCGUACAUAAUCAACAGAAAAAGAAAAAAAACACGGCUGCUGAUACGUGUGUUGGGAAAUGCUAAAUGGAAAUAUAUCUUUAGACAUUUGCAGGAAAUUAUUUGUGUGUUCUUCAGCUUAAUGGUCGUACUUUUACAAAUACAUUUCUGUGCAUUAGAUUUUUGCAUGAGGGAAUUGUAUACAGAACUCUCAACGACACGAAACUCACUAAAACCCUUGGAUGCUCCGGAAGGACCAGUGGUUUUGCUCCACCAAUGACUCCCAUCGUGUUACUCAAUAAGUGUAUUACCUGAUCAGCUACCAAAUUACUAGAUUGUACUCUCAGGCCUGAUGGUAAUUUGAACGAGAUUUGCUAACUGAUAUUUUCUCAAAGAAUAUGACACUGGAGGUCAAGCAAACGAUAGAACAUCAGUCAAUAAUUGCACCAGAAACAUCGGAUAAUAAUUUUUCGGUGGUAUUUUUAAACGCGUUUUUUUUUAAAAUUUCUUUGAGAAUCAAUGAUAUAAACUUAAAUCAAUCAAGCAGGAAUGUUUACAGAUAAAAUAAUGCAUGUUAUAGUAAAUUACUUUGUUGUUUGUAUUUCAAUAUUAAAGGAGUCAUUAUGUCUAUUUUAUGUAAUAUAUCAAAUGUGCAAUUUGUUAUAAAUUAUUUCAUUAAAAAUUCAUAUUAA